CUAUUAAAACGUCACUGCAAGAACAUUCCGAGAGCCUAUGUUUUUUUAUUCAGCAGUACACAUAUACCUGCAUCAAUCCAGCCUGUAAGGCAAAAACGUAAACAUUGGUGAGCGACGUCAACUUCGUCACUGCUAAUCUGAGCAGUUGAGACACAAAUCUGAUUCCGGUUCACCGAACGGAGUGGAUAGCUUCAGCAGUGACUACACAACAGCUCAAUAUUAGGGGUCGAGCAGCUCGAUUUAAUACAGGCUCCCGUUCGGACCAAUCAAAAUUACCCUAAAGCAAACAACAUCCAAUGAACAUCCAGUUCAGGAUCUGUAAGGCGGACCUUCCGUGACGGUGCAUUAGAGAUGUAGUAGGAAGAGGAGGUCAAAGGCACUGCAGGAUUUUGAAAAAUGUGAGGCUAUUUACAGGAAAGACACAGAUGGAUACGCGUACUGGAACUGCAAUAUGUUAACUGUUUAUAGUGCAGUUAUUAGAGUGUCGUUUUAGAAACAAAUGCGGCGAAGUUGGGGUGUAGUUUGUCCGUGUCGCACUAGAAGGCAGUUAACAGAUAACAUUGCCUAAUGCUCUUUAGCUAAUGCUAACAUCAUCUGUCUCGUGUUUGCAGACAGCCUGAUAGGCAAUGUUAGCUUACAGUCUGGAUUAGGUUUGUGGCAUUUGCUAGUCAAAAAGUCCAUAUUAUCAUCUUUAUAGGGGUAAUGCACAGUGCAUUGGCCACAAAGGAACUUACGUUAGCUAACUUUUGCAUUUGAUUGUGUCAUUGGUAAGUUGUGUCACGGUCACAGCUGUCAUGUUUCACUCUUUGCCCCGUCGUUCCAUCUGCGAGAUCGGUGCACAUAAGUUGAGGCUUCAGAGCAACAGGCCUUUCAGGCGGACUGUCGAGGAGGGCGGAGGGAAGCUUGAGAAUCUCCCUUGGCUAGGCAGGAGCAUGGGCCUGUUGUUGUCCUGGCUCCAGAGAGCAUGUGUCGAUGCCGCGGGAUCGGGACAAAAGCGAAAGGGCUUGCUCUCCAUAUUUGCGGACCAAUGCAGCUUUGUGACAGGACAGAGACUCCGACGUGCCUGUCAGAUUGGUGAGCUUUACUCCAACCUGUAUUCUGAGCGCACCAAGUGGACCCUGGUUGGGAAUAUAUGGCGCAGAUUCCAGAGCAAGCACGCCCCAACUGGGAAAAUAUUCGCGGCCCUGGCUGGUGUCUUCAUGUGGGAGAAUGAGAAGAUUCAAGAUGAGGAAGUCCGCAGGUGUGGAUUAGAGUUGCAGGCACUGGAGGCUGUAAAGCUGCUCAGCACAUCAUCAGGGACAGUGACCGGAAAACAGGAUCCUGGCUGGGAAGUUGUGAUGGAGAAGAAGGAUUUCAAAGUGUGGAGGCGGUCUAUUCCCAACAGUCACCUCUAUGAGUACAGAGUGUUGGGCUCCUACAGUGAUGUCACACCAAGACAGUUCUUCAAUGUACAGUUGGAUACAGAAUACAGGAGGAAGUGGGAUUCCCUUGUUAUCAAGCUUGAAGUUGUGGACCGAGAUGUCAGCACAGGCUCUGAAGUUGUGCACUGGGCUACACACUUUCCUUAUCCAAUGUACUCAAGGGACUAUGUGUAUGUGCGCCGCUAUGAUGUUGAUGUCGACAACAACCUGAUGAUCUUGAUAUCCAGGGCCGUACAACACCCCAGAGUCCCAGAGACUCAGGAAUUUGUGAGAGUCCAUUCAUACCAGUCAAAGAUGGUCAUUCGCCCUCACAAGUCCUUUGAUGAGAAUGGAUUUGAUUACCUGCUGACCUACAGCGACGACCCUCAGACUGCCUUUCCCCGUUACUGUGUGAGCUGGAUGGUGUCAAGUGGUAUGCCUGAUUUUUUGGAGAAGCUGCAUACUGCCGCUUUGAGGGCCAAGAACUUGGAAGUGGGCAUCCAUGACUACACAGGGGUCAUUAAAUCCGGCGACAACAACCGCCAGCCGAGCCAGGAACGCCUCAGUGGAGAGAACCCACACACAGGUGGUUCUGGGCAGAUCUAUGCUUGAGAUGGAUUUUUUCCCCCCUUUUUUUAAUAGAUCAGGGGUUAUGUUGGUGUGUUUUCAUUUUCAACCGAAUCAAACCCUCCAACUCCAGGUCUUUGGAUCCAUUGUGUGAACUGCAAAUGGAAGUUGCAACCAUAACAUACUGGAAGUCCAACCAUGCAUAUGGUUAUAUUGGUUGUAGAUGAGAUAUUACAAGAACAAUACACUGUAGCUGCGACGUCGUUACUGUUGUAUGAACAAAAUGUUGCUAUGGCAUGACAAACGUCAUCCAGGCUGCUGGCCUUGGUGCAGUUUCUGCUUAGCCAGUGCCAUGGGGCAUUUUUUUGCCUCCUUUGCUAAUGAUGUUUGUCCUGCAGUCACUGGUAAGAUCGGGACAAAAUUCUUAUUUGUAUAGAUGCUUUUUGCCAAAGUGCAGUUGCUCUCAUUUUAACAUUGUACGUUGGAUUCCAUUGUUUGACAAGAUUUGGCUAUAAAGGCUUUUCAAACUGCCAGCAUCGUCAUUACUUUUAAAGUGUGUGGUAUGAUUUCAGUGAGAUAUUGUGGAAAUGGUUGUGCAGUACUGGACAUAGAACGGAAACUUUGACUGGCUUCUGGUGUUUAUAACUGAAUUUAGAACUAUGGCAUACAUUUCUGCACUAACAGAUGAAGAACUAAGGCCUCUGGUGGGAAACUUUUUCACAUUUCUUCAUUUGAUGGAUUUAAAGCAACUGGUUUUGUGUUUGCUUGCAGCAUGAGUGACUGAUCUUUGUAUGACUGAAUGGAGUGGAAUAAAAAAUUACAGUGAUGCCAUUAUUGGAAAAAUUGUCAGUAGGAUUAAUGAUGACAAUUCUAGGGGUUCUGUUUGUUGGGUAAGGCAUUGGUUUUCUGUCAGCACUGUCUGUCUCACCAUGACUGUUCUGAACUGACAAAACAACCUUCUGAAAAUAAACCAGUCCUUCAGUAUUAGGGGAAUAGUGUCUUAAAACAACCAUGUAAACUCUCAGAUGCAAUGGUACUAGUGCACCUCUAGCAAGGUGAUGUCAUCAGACACAUUUCAGUGCCCUUUUUAGAGAAACAGCAUUUUUCCAACAUAACAAUCCACUUAUUUUUAUAGGAAUUAAAAAAAAUUCUCAUGUCAAAUCAGAAGUUAAUUUAUCUCAGUAUUAACAGCUGUCACUUUAGUUUCCACUAUUGAAAUUAGGCGUGUUAUCAUGUGAGUUACUCUAGGUCAUUUAUUGUUAUUCUACACUUUUGUUAUUAAUGUGGGUCCUAAUCAAACUCCGUAGCAGUCAUCUGUCCACUUCAUCCAUUUUGUUUUUGUAAUGAACUGUUUGUAGGGGUGUUAUGAAUGUACAAAGAGUACCUCAUGCUGUGGAAUAAAGCAACAUUGCCUAAUAAAGUACAUUGUUUACAGCCUGACAGUUUGGUACAAAUAUCCAGAAAUCAUUUGUUUAAAAAAAAUCUAAUCUUGUACUAAAAUGUAAUAUUUGUUGUAGGUUGUAUAUCAGAGUGAAUAAACUAAUGGUUUUAAGAUAAAAUAGUACAGUGGGUUCUGCUUUGUGAAGGAAAUCCCACAUUUGUGUAUCCCCAUUGUGUCAAAAAAUAUCUUUCUAAACUGUGAUGUAUUCCCUGAUAUUUAAUGUUAAAAAUGUCAGUGUAGGAUGUGAGCGGGACAUGUUUGUUUUUGAUAUUGCUUGUGUGGAAUGAACUAAACAUUAUGCAAUGUUUGCUAAAGUCAAUCCUGACAUUGUAACAUUUUAAUUCUAUAAUUUUUUUAGACACCUGUUUUUUUUCCUGCAGGCAGUAGGACAGUUCUGUUUGUGAUUUAGAAAUGGGAAAAUGAUCUUGUAGCUAUGAACUGGUGUACUUGUAACCCUGUCAUUUCAAGAAUUAUUGAAAUGAAAGAGUGACAAAUCUGAUCAAAUAAACAUAUGUCUGUU